AAUAACAAAAUGUAGGUUAAUGAUCUAAUUUAAUCAUAAUAAUACAUUUAAUGUGUACCACACUUUUCAUUCAUAGUGAAGCUCAAAGUGCCACAGUAUUAAUAACACAGAACACACAACAUACAUUAACUUCACAUAAAUGUGAGCAGAGGUCAAUAAGGUUAGACCUAUAUCACUCAUUAAUUUUACCAUAAUUGAAACAAUGUUUUGAUAAAUCCCAUUUAGGUUAAUUUCAGUUGCCUUUAGAGUGGGAUUUUCCACUGGAGAUAAGUAUAAUUAGGGAUUUCUAUUACAUAUUUUCAUGUCUAAUGGUAUCACUUUAACAACCCUUUAGUAGUGACUCCUUAUGUUCUGACUCUAACAGGACAAAAUGUCAUAACAUGAUUACCAUGGACAAUCAUUAUUUCUCAUAUACUGUAGUGAUCUCCUUCUCAGUCGCCUGAAGGAAGGAGUUUGUCCCCCCCAAAAAGUGACGUUGCGUCCUUCCUCUGUGUCUCCAUAAAACGUGCCUCACGCAUGGACUGAGUGUGGCACAGAGGCAAAAGGGAGGAGGAAUUGUCUAAGGCGCGCAUGAAAGGCAGGGGCUGAUUGAUCCUGCUUUUUGUGGACUAUACCAGUCACCAGUCAAAAACUAAUAUACGACUCAAUUAACAUUUUUUUGUACCCCUUCCAUUGAAUUCCAUUCAUCUAACUUUUUGGUUUAAGAGCACCUGCCCGGAGGAUACAGCGGUACAUCCGUCCUCUCAUUGCGGGAUCGGGAGUUGGACUAUCCAGCUGCGCAGGAGAGCUCCCCUGCGAAACGCGUCAUGGGAUCCGAGAGAAUCGCCGCCGCUUUUUGCAUGUACACCUGAGGUUUUUGUGGAAUUACAAGGCGCUUUUUCAAAGAACUCAUCGAUUUACUGCCAUAAAGAAGAGAUUUUUGUCAGUCACCCGGAAUUAUAAUCGUCUGCCAGGGACUCUAUUACUUUAUUUCUCACACACGGUUUGGAUUUUGGCAGAGUUGGCAUGAUGGUCCCAUCCGACUGCUUCAAAUUGGCUCUCAUCUUGUAUUGUUCAUCACUCACAGAAGGACAUUCAGAGAGAGAGCACUUGCCUAAAAUUCUGCCCUCUGAGAAUCCCAUCAUUCUUCAUAAGGGGGACAAGCUAAACCUCGAGUGCAGAGGUCAUGGCCAACUGACCUGGACAUACCCAUCCCUUUCAUCAGAAGGGAUGAAGGAGCAGCGGUGUGAAUCCAGACGUCACUCUAAUUGCAGCAAACUGACACACACACACUUGACUGCCAAUAACACAGGGACGUACAGCUGUAAAUACUCCAAAGAUGGCCGCAACCACAUCACCAAGACCUAUAUCUAUGUCAGAGAUCCCAAGCAACCAUUUGUGGAGCCCCGUUCUCCAACACCUCACGUCGUGGGCAUCUACAGACAUGAGACCAGCCUCAUUAUCCCCUGCAAGACGUCUUCUCCUGAUACUCAUGUAACACUGAAAGCGACUCCGCCUUUUUCAGACAAGAUUGCUAAGGGAAUAAAAUGGGAUCCAGAGGUUGGGUUCAAGAUUCCCUAUACUCAGGAGAGUUGGUACAGUAUGAUCAUCUGUGUUACCAUGGUCAACGGAAGUGAAUUCGAGUCAAUGUACAUCCCUCAAAGACACACUCUUGUUCUUAAGAAUGUGAAGAUCACCCCAGACCGUGCCAGGGUGCUGGUUGGAGACACCCUCAUCCUCAACUGUACUGGGGAGACCACCUAUAAUGGAAGAAUCAACUUCACCUGGGAUUUUCCAAGGAAAAAAGAAAAUCGUCAUUCUACGAACAAGACCAAGGACAGCCCUGCUCACGCUUUAAUGAUGAGCAAGGCUUUAGUGUUACCAAACAUUACCAUGGAGGAUAAGGGAUGGUACCACUGCAAAGCUGAGAUUGAACCCACAAAACACAAGAAUGUCUCAGCAAGAGUGCUUGUCUUUGAGCAUCCAUUCCUCAAUAUCUCCUAUAGGCACGAGCUGCCUAGUACGGUGACUGUCAAGGAAGGUAAAAAGAGGUUUGUCUUUGAUCCCAAGGUCAAUGCUCUGCCACAACCAGACAUAAUAACAUGGUUUAAAGAUGGGGUCCCUAUCGAGAAGAAUUCCACCUGUUACAAGAUAUCUAACUUCAACUUGAUCAUCAAGGAUUUGCAGCAAAAACACGCUGGUGUCUUCACCAUAAGCCUGGGCAACCAAGCAAAGGGCCUGUACAGGAAUCUGAGCUACACUCUGGUAGUGAAAGUAAAGCCAACUAUCUCAGAGGCUGAGCUUGCAACUGUGGAUGUGCAGCCCUACAUGUUUCACAAACAGCAUCAGCUAACCUGCACUGCUUAUGGGUUGCCCUUGCCAAACAUCACUUGGUUAUGGCAACCGUGUUCCUCAGACCCAACACUUAAAGAUUGCAUUUCUUACACCAAGCCAAAGAUGGUCAACGUUGAAGACAGAGGAAAUUACUCUGACAACUGGAUUAAGAGCAUAAACGUCAAGCCUGAAGUGGUUCAAGGGAAAAACAAGACUGUGAGUACCCUGGUGAUAGGAGAAGCUUACACGUCGGGAAAGUACUUGUGUGUGGCCCAGAAUGAGGAUGGCGAGAGCAAAAUGACGUUCCCUUUCUACGUUAAUGAUCAACAUGAGGAAAUUGUCAUCAAACCUCGGACAGCCAUCGAGGGGGUUAACGUCAACUUGACCUGUCGAGCCUCUCGUUACCUCUACACAGACCUACGGUGGUUGGAUUCCAGGAAUCAAACAGUCACCUCUGGAGUGUCCAGUCUCCAGUUCAGCAACUACUCCAUCUUCCUUACUCUUUAUCUGCAUAAUGUGUCCAAAAACAGCAGUACAGGUUACAGGUGCCAGGCAUACAAGGUCAACAAUAGGGUUGAACUCAAGACUGCUGCACUUACUGUGGAUGCAAGAAAACACCCAUGGUUAAGUCAAAAUCUGACAAAUCAGGAUGUGAACAGUAGCAGCACCCUGAUUCUGACUUGCUUAGCUCUGGGAGUCCCUCAUCCAGACAUCACAUGGUACAAAAAUGGUGUUCCAGUGGAAGAAGCCCCAGGAAUCACACUGGGAAAGAACGGUAACCUGACCAUUGACAGGGUGAAGAAAGAUGAUGAGGGUCUCUACGAGUGUAUAGCCAGAAACGAUGAGGGUUUCGCGAAAACAAGUGCUGUCGUCACUGUGCUCGGGGAUGAAGGGAAGCCAAACAUUGAGGUAAUCAUUCUGGUGUGCACGGGAGCUGCAGCCACGUUCCUCUGGCUCAUGCUUAUCCUCUUCAUCCGCAAGCUAAGGAAGCAACCAGCACACUAUAAGAUGGGUCCAUCCAUCAUCAUUGACCCUGACGAGUGUCCCCUCGAGGAUCAGAAUGACCUCCUUCAGUAUGACAGCAGCAAAUGGGAGUUUCCCCGUGACCGCUUGCGACUAGGCAAAACUCUUGGCCAUGGAGCUUUUGGAAAAGUGGUGGAGGCCUCUGCCUUUGGGAUCGACAAGCUCUCAACCUGCAAGACAGUUGCUGUCAAAAUGCUGAAAGGAGGCGCUACAUCAAAUGAGCGGAAAGCUCUGAUGUCAGAGUUAAAGAUCCUGAUCCACAUUGGCCAUCAUUUGAACGUGGUCAACCUGCUGGGAGCGUGCACAAAGCCUGGAGGCCCAUUGAUGAUGAUAGUGGAGUUCUGCAAAUACGGCAACUUGUCCAACUAUUUGAGAAGCAAGAGAGAUGAUUUCAUUGUUUAUAGGAGCCAGGACGGUAAGGUGGUGUCAUCAGGAUCAGGCUGCGAGCUGAGCGAGCUGAUGAAGCGCCGCCUAGAGAGCGUGGCCAGCACCGGAAGCUCAGCCAGCUCUGGCUUCAUCGAAGAUAAGAGUUACUGCGACUCAGAGGAAGAGGAAGAAGAAUCUGAGGAUUUAUAUAAGCGGGUCCUGACAUUAGAAGAUUUAAUCUGCUACAGUUUCCAAGUUGCAAAAGGCAUGGAGUUCUUGGCCUCACGCAAGUGCAUCCACCGUGAUUUGGCUGCACGAAACAUCCUACUCUCUGAGAAUAAUGUUGUGAAGAUUUGUGAUUUUGGACUUGCCAGGGACAUCUACAAAGACCCGGAUUAUGUGCGCAAAGGAGAUGCUAGACUGCCUCUCAAGUGGAUGGCACCUGAGGCCAUUUUUGACAAGAUCUACACAACUCAGAGUGACGUGUGGUCCUUUGGUGUUCUCAUGUGGGAGAUCUUCUCUCUGGGUGCCUCACCGUACCCCGGCGUCCAAAUUGACGAGGAAUUUUGCUGCAGGCUGAAAGAGGGGACCAGGAUGAGAGCCCCAGAAUACUCUUCUUCUGAAAUAUAUCAGACCAUGUUGGACUGCUGGCAGGGGGAGCCACAGGAGCGGCCGACCUUCACUGAGCUGGUGGAAAGACUGGGAGACCUGCUUCAGGCCAGCGUGCAGCAGGAGGGGAAGCAUUACAUACCCAUCAACACAGCCUUGCUGGCCAAGGUGGGAGACCCGUCUGCCACCAAGCCAUCAGAGGAGACGCCAACACGGCCCGUCUCACACCGCGACUCAGGGGGCAACUGGAACAUCAAGAUCCGUCCCGCUAGUGUGAAAACCUUCGACGAGGUUACCAUAGAGGACGGGACAAAUGAGAACCAUGGGGGCGGUCAGUCAGACAGCGGGAUGGGUUUGUCCUCUGACAACAUGAAGACUCUGAAGCGAUUGGAAUCGUUGGCAGGCCGACCGCUGAGCAUCAUGGCUCUGGCCAUGAAGGCAGCGAGUAAGAGCAAAGAGUCAGUGCUAACUGACACAGAAAAGGAGAAAUAUCCACCAACUGUUUCCUCUCUGGACUUCAGUCUGGAUGAUUCAGCCCUGGAUGCUGACCUGGAGUGUCACAGCCCGCCGCCUGACUACAACUACGUGGUGCGCUACUCCACCCCACCUGUGUAACCUCCUGCUUCACCCCUGGAGAGUCUGACCGACAGCCUCAGAGCCUUUGCUUUGUUCUCCUCUGUUUUGACUCUAAUCUGUGGACUGUUCUUUACCAAACAUUUGAGAGGGAAAAAAAGUGAUAUUUUCUCUCAAAGUGUUUAGAAAAGACACUCUGAAAUGACUCAUGAAACAACUGUAACUAGCAUCUUCCAACUUACAGGGCACCUGCUGUGCAACUAAAGGAAACCUGUAAACUGUUCAUCAUUCCUUCCCAGUUUUCAGACGUAGGCUGACGUUUAUGCUGCUGGUCCGUUCCACAUUCACUGUGAUAUGUCAAACAGCUGAAAACAGGCUCAGGUAUUUCUUUGAUCUACUGUGAAAAACCGCAAAGAUUCCAACUUUACCACAGAUUCAAACAUACUACAAUUUGAGGCUUUUCAAGUUUAUAUAGAGACUAUUUUAUCUGUUUUAAUUUUCUUUUCAUAAAUUAAAAACUGGAAAGUAUUUUCUAAUACGGCUACAUCCGUCCAUAUGAAGGUUCAGUUUUGCUUAAAGCAAAAAGCAGAUGGAUACCAAUAUGACAUUGAUUAUUAAUUAUGAAAGGUCUCUUAUUUGAGGUGUAAUUGCUCCUGUAUUUUCAUUAAAGCUCAACUAACUCAGGUUGACCCAGAGUGACAGAGGAGAGGGGUACUCUGUCAUCUAGCUCUUUUUUUUAAGCUCUCCAAGUUAUGGAAAAUCACAUGUUAAUGGAGGAAACAGGGUAGAGCUGAGAGAAAGACCAGACGGCUUCACAUUUAACUUUACAGCUCAACCUCGAAGGCAUUUAAAUGAAGAGUUAUAUUUCGAUUCUUCCUCCUGUCCGAUCUGGUGUUGAAGAAACUCAAACGCUUUGUGUUUUUUGCUCGGUCAAACUAAGAAUGACAGCGAAAAGGAAAACCAGAGAGCCUCAUGAAUUUGUUUAUUUUCUUGUGUACAAACAUUAGAAACAUGAGAUUGGAACAGGAUUUCAUAGGAACAGUCUUCUUCAAAAGCACUAGUAAGAAUAAAUUGUGUAUUUAUUUAGUUUGUAAACACUGUCACUUAGUCAUCCAGUUCUGUUGUACAUUUAGAUACAUAUUUAAAGGUUAACCUGAGGAUUUACCGGCUCAGUCUUCCUGAUAUUGACACUUCAAUCCAGAUUUAUAUGCUGUUCGUGCUGCUGUAUUCACUGGUAGUAAAUCUGAGGGAAUCUGCUUCUGCAGAAAUGUGUGUGUAGGUAUUCUCCGUCCUUCGUCAUGUGCGUAAGUGUUAGUGAAGCUUGCAGGGCAGGCUACAGAAACUCUACAUGUGUAUAAAAGUAGCACCAGUCUGCUCUGGUUCACUGUAGGUUUUAUUAUGUGUUCAAAUCUCCUUGUUUUUAACACCAUUUGUUGUAAUUCAGGAUAUAUUGAAAGUACUUUGGACCAAACCUUCAUUCACACAUGUAUUACAGUACAGAUACCCUGUAGGAGAGCGGCUAGCUUUGUGCUUUUUGACCACUAAAGAAAACAGUUUUUUGUCAGUGAGUAAACUACAAAAUGGAUAUUUUGAAGCCCUGUGUAUUUCCAAAUGAUGUCUUAUUUGUAUAACGUGUUGUUUAUGUGGAGAGGAAAUGAUUAUGCACUGAUACUGUAUAUCAAAUAUAAUGUUUUUGUAUUCUAAAGGUAUAUUAUAUUAUUAUCAAGCAGUGUUGACGGUCACAUGUUACAAAGAACUGAUUUUAUUUUGCUUUUCUAUUUAACAUCAGUAUCUUACAUAGGAAAUUAACGUUUACAGUAUUUGUUCUAUUAUUUUUUUUUUUUUUGCCAACCUAACAUCAAUGUAUUGUUUUCACUUAAUGGAUUAUGUUGACUUCUUAUCUGUCUUAAAUUUCAAGCUUCAUCUCAGCUUCUGCUGUUACAAUGACAUACAAAGAUUUAAACAUGAACGCAAAGAUAAAUAUAUUUGGAUAAAUAACCACAACUAAUGACAACCUGCAGCAGUUCAAACCAUCUACCAAGCUUUUCUUCCUGUGUUGUUCAUGUAGUGUAACGAGUUAGUUUUACUGAAAGUAAUGUUCCCCAACACUGUUAACUGAGCAUAUGAAGUAAAUAAAUAAAUAAAGAUCUAUAUAUUUAUACGUUA